UUUAAUUAUUAGGUAGGUACAUCAAAAAACGUCACAUUAUUUUCAACAUUUUCCACGUAACACUGAUUCAAGGUCAUGUUCAACGAUGGAGAUAAUUUGUGAAGCCAUUCACAAUAUGGCACCAUUAGUGGGAUAGAAUAGGAAAUUAUGCACAACCACCAAACAUAUAUAAACGUAUUCAACGCGCGAAACUAUUCAUAAGAAUAUCAGUCGAGUUCGCAAGAUGGCGGCUGUGUACUUCAUUGCUUUUAUUUUGUUAUUUGUUAACUGUGAGGUGUUUGCGGAUUCUACAGAACAGAAUGAAGCGUGUCAGGCAGUUUUCAAUAGCACAAUAGAUGACAAGAAAUGCUGCGAGGGCUCAAUGUGGGACGACAGUGGCGAAUCCACAAAAUGCAAAGACGACGCAGACAUGCAGUGUGAUUUCUUUAAAUGUCUCGCAGAAGAAAACGGAUUGUUAGUCGAUGAUAAGAUUAAUGACAAAAAGGUGAAGGAGUUGUUAAAUCAAUGGGAGAAAGAGUACCCGAGUGAGAAAGCAAGUAUAGAGAGAGUGAGACGCAACUGUUCUGGUGGGAAAUUUAUAGAGUUAAUGGCCGACUCUAGCGCCAGUGACGACGCCUGUGAACCUCUAAACUUCUACUUAUGCGUCUAUAUUAAUAUGAUUUUCGAGUGUUCAUCAUGGAAGCAGGACGCUCAGUGCAGUAAAAUGAAGGAAUAUACGGAAACUUGUAAAAAAUUCCUUGACAUUUAAAUCGCCAACAACAAAUAACCUCUGUAAUUGUUAUUCUAUAUUGGUUUGAAAAUAAAACGAGAAUAUAUUAAAAGAAA